CUGCGCACUUGUCCACAAGAUCCGGAAACCUCCUUCCCUCUCAGAGCGAGCGUGGUGAAGAUGGCGGAGCAAAAGUCUGUUCCCAGUGAUCUGUACAAAUCCGUUUAUUCGUUUUUGCUUGAAAACAAGUUCACCAAGGCUGCCCAGCAGUUCCUGAAACAGACGAAAGUCAAUCCACAAGACCAAAAUGAAGAGAGCCUCGUCAACAUCUACAACUUCUGGAUGAAAUCUCCCGAAGCCAAGAAACGAAAAGCACCCGCUAAAGCUACAAAUGGACCAUCAGCCAAGAAAGCGAAAACUAGCAAGGAGAGCUCCAGCAGCGAAGAUUCAAGCAGUGAGGAUGAGGAGUCUGGUGCGAAACAAACAACUAAAGUUCCUGCAGCUGUCAAAACGCCACCUGCUAAAGCAGCGGCAGCUAAAGCUGAAUCCAGCAGCAGUGAAGACUCCAGUGACUCUGAGGAGGAGAAGGCUCCUGCAAAGAGUCCUGCAAAGGCGCCUGUGAAACAACCUGUUGUUGCUGCUGCAGACAGCACUAGGAAAAAGGACAGCAGCUCUAGCAGUGAAGAAUCUGACUCUGAGGAUGAAAAGCCUGCCAAAGCUCCCGCACCGAAAGCCACAGCAGCAAAAGCGGCUGUUCCUGCCAAAGGUGCAGCUCAGAAGAAGCAGGAGAGCAGCAGCAGUGAAGACAGCUCCUCGGAUUCUGAAGAUGAAAAACCAGCCAAGGCCCCAGUCAAACCGGCUCCGGUGAAGAAAGCAGCAGCAGCACCAGCAGCUGCUGCUGAAUCAAGUAGUGAAGACUCCUCAUCUGAAGAUGAAGCUCCUCCAAGCAAAAAAACCAAAGCUGGACCAUACAGCGCAGUCCCUCCUCCUGCUUCAAUGCAGAAAGCUGCAGCCAAGCCAGCAGCCACCAAGGCAAAGGAAAGUGACUCUUCAGACAGCAGCGAUGACAGCAGUGAUGAGGAUGAGAAGAAGAAAGUAGCAGCAAAACCUGCACCUGUAAAGGCGGCCCCUGCCAAACCUGCUGUGUCCAAACCUGCUGCAAAGAAGCAAGAAUCCAGCUCAGACAGCUCUGAUUCAAGCUCAGAUGAAGAGGAGGCCAAGAAGCCUGCAGCUAAAGUCACACCUGCUAAAGCAGCUCCAGUUAAAGCCGCCCCAGCUAAGGCUGCACCUGCUAAAGCAGAUGACUCGGAUGAAGACUCGUCUAGUUCAGAGGAGGAAGAGGAGGCGAAGAAACCUGCAGCAAAAGUGACUCCGGCUAAGGCCACUCCAGCUAAAUCGACACCUGCCAAGACUACCCCAGCUCAGAAAGCCAAGAAAGAUGAAUCCUCUAGCUCAGAUUCAGACAGCAGCUCUGAAGACGAGGCUCCAGCGAAACCUUCCACUAAAGCUGCCGCCCCUCCGAAGCCUGCUGCUGCUUCUAAACCUCCGGCCAAGGCAGCAGAGAGCAGCUCUGACUCCGAGGACUCCUCUGAAGAUGAGGACAAAGCAGCAAAAGCUAAGCCAGCAGCUAAAACGGCUACUCCAGCUUCAAAACCCGCUACCCCUGCUGCAAAGCCCCCAGCAGCGGCAGAGAGCAGCUCCGACUCUGACUCCUCGUCUGAAGACGAAGAGCCAGCCAAGAAAGCACCGGCUAAAGUUGCAUCAAAGCCUGCAGCCAAACCUGCAGCCAAACCUGCAGCUAAGCCAGCCGCUGCAGAAGAGAGUAGCUCUGACUCUGAUAGCUCAUCUGAUGAAGAGCCAGCUGAAGCCAAGAAAACGCCGGCUAAAGCUGCUACUCCAGCUUCAAAGCCUGCAGCUAAACCAGCCGCUGCAAAAGAGAGUAGCUCUGAUUCCGACUCUUCGUCCGAAGACGAGGAGCCAGCAAAAGCAAAGAAGACACCGGUUAAAGCUGCCACUCCAGCUUCAAAGCCGGCUACUCCUGCAGCUAAACCUGCAGCUAAACCAGCCGCCGCAGAAGAGAGUAGUUCCGACUCAGACUCUUCAUCUGAAGACGAGGAGCCAGCUAAAGCAAAGAAGACACCGGUUAAAGCUGCCACUCCAGCUUCAAAGCCGGCUACUCCUGCAGCUAAACCCGCCGCUGCAGAAGAGAGCAGCAGCUCCGAGUCCUCCUCCGAGGAUGAGGAAGCACCAGCGAAAGCUAAGCCGGCAGCGACACCUAAACCCGCCACACCAGCUUCGAAGCCCGGUACUCCUGCAGCGAAGGCCAACGCAGCAGCAGAAAGCAGCUCUGACUCCGACAGCUCAGACUCUGAAGAUGAGGCAGCCAAGCCUGCCGUGAAGAAGCCAACCCCGGCGGCAGCCAAGAAGCCUGCAACCGCUAGCGCCGCUAAGCCUCCCGCAGACUCCAGUGACGACAGCUCCAGCGACGAGGAGGAGGAACCCAAGAAGGCAGCGCCAGCAUCAGCAUCCAAGCCUGCAGCCAAAAAGGCGGCCGCAGCCCCGGCAAAGAAGGCUAAGGAGAGCAGCUCAGACUCCUCGGAUAGCUCCGAUUCAGAGGCAGAGGCUCCCCCCGCAAAGCCCGCACUCACCAACGGCAAGGCAGCUACUCCCAAGGCGGGUGCCGCAAAGCCAGCAGAGUCUUCAUCAUCCAGUGAUAGCAGCUCCGAAGAGGAGGAAAAAGCCAGUAAAAGUACAUCCAAACCUGCCACACCAGCUGCAACCCCUAAGACAACUUCAGCGGCUAAACCUAAAGAGAGCAGCAGCUCCUCCUCAGACAGUUCAUCAGAUGAGGAGGAAGCAGCGCCGCGCAGAGCAGCCACUGCACCCUCCACCCCCACAGCAAACAGUACUAAUGGAAAGAGAAAAAGAGAUGAAGAAUCAUCAGAAGAGGACGAGGAAGAAGUAAAGACGCCAAAAAACAAGAAAGAGGUUAAGACGCCGCAGACUUUCCCUAAAGCCAAUAAGAAGUCUUCCAACGUACCCUUCCGCAGAAUAGAAGAGGAGAAGGUGGAAGUGGAUCCCCGUCUCGCGGACAAUUCUUUCGACGCCAAGUACGGAGCCAACGGCGACUGGGGCCAGAAAGCCAACGACGUCCUCAAGUUCACAAAAGGCAAAUCGUUCCGCCACGAAAAGACGAAGAAGAAGAGGGGAAGCUACCGCGGCGGAGCCAUCUCUACCUCGGUCAACUCCAUUAAGUUCGACAGCGACUGAGGACCUGUCCCGCUCCCUCCCACCCGAACUGCACGGUACCUGUGUGAUCAGGGAUGUCGGUUAUCGGCCCCUCCAACCCUCCUGUAAAUAACCCCCCACCGCCCAGCAGAGCGCAUUAACAGAAGACCUGUCGAGCUGAGCUGGAUCUUUCAAUUUAACUCUCCUUUAGUCCGUUAUCCAAUCAGUUUGUCCAAUUUCUCAUCUAAAGUAACAGUUUAGUGGAUCUGUGGCAGCAGGGAGGACGUGACUGUGACAUCACACUGCUCUGGUCGACAUCCAUGUGACGUUAUUGCUUAUAGCCACUGGGUGGCUGCAGGCCAGCAGAUGAUGGUAGAAAGCCAGUGUGCCUGUUGGGCCUUUUUGCUCGUUUUGACCUAAAUGGGGAACGUCCCGUCAUUAUUUUGUAAUUUUUUCAUUUAGCUAUGGAGAACAGCCAUCCACGUUCAGAUUCUUUGUGUUUAACUAAUGGAAACCUGAAGUUUAUCCAUUUUCUUUUUUUUGGCCACAUGUAAAAGUGGAGAGGGUGUUUGUUUUGGGCUUUACUUUCUCUUUACAUUUCAAGAAACCAUCAAGUAGAACAGUUUUAUACCAUGUAUUUAUUAUGUUUUAUUCCAUUUCAACCUUUAGGACCUUGAAUCAUUUUUCCAUGUUGAUUUCAAUAAAUUUUGCUUUGCAAAAUCUUUUCUUCUGACAUUAGGAUGCCCUUUUCAUCUCUUUGUUUGUCAGUGGUAUUCAAUUAGUUGUUCGCAGACAUAACUCUGAGCCAUAGUAGCUUCCAUUUACUGUAUGAUUUCUCCUGUGUACCACUGUGAUUUUUAUUCUUGUAACUGUAAUUAAAGACCUAACAGUUUGAA